AUGAGUUCAACUCGCAUGGAGAUUGCGGAGUACGAUGGAAAAAUUGACUUCAAUUCUUGGAAGAAGAAGAUGAAGGCCCUAGUUUCACAUAAUAAAGUAGGGAUUGCAUUGGAAAAGGAUGCAGAAAAGUGGCCAGCGGACAAGUUAAAAAGAAAGGCAAAAAUAGACGAGGAGGCAUACAACUUGAUCGUGAUGAAUUUGGCAGACAACAUGCUGAGGAAAGUGGACGGAUUAGAGGCUCCAAUCGCACUCUGGGGUAAACUCGAAACUCUGUAUGCCUUACAAACUGCACCAAAUCUUACUUUCUUAAAAGGUGCACUAUUUUCAUAUAGAAUGGACAGUAAUAAGUCAAUAGAAGAUAAUAUUGAUGAAUUCUUGAAAAUGACUAUAAUCCUAAAGGGCACUGACCAAGAAUUAAGUGAAACGACUUUAGCAAUGAUCUUCCUAAACUCACUGACAAAGGACUACCAGGUUGUUAAGAUCGCCUUACAGUAUUCUGGCACUGUCCCUAGUGUAGAUCUCAUAGUAUCAGGACUAAAGGCUAGGGAGUUAGAGUUGAAGGUUUAG